GGAAGCGGAAGCGGCGGCGCCGCGUGCGCCCUGCAGGGGUAAAGGAGGCGGCUGCCGGUGCGGCCUCCCCGUGGUGCGGUCCGGCCCGGCCAUGGCUGUGCGCGCCAGCUUCGAGAACAACAACGAGUUGGGCUGCUUCGCCAAGCUCACCAACGCCUACUGCCUCGUGGCCAUCGGCGGCUCAGAAAACUUCUACAGCGUUUUCGAGGGGGAGCUCUUCGGGACCAUCCCGGUGGUGCACGCCUCUAUCGCCGGCUGCCGCAUCAUCGGCAGGAUGUGUGUGGGAAACAGACAUGGACUGUUGGUCCCAAGCAGUACAACAGACCAAGAGCUUCAACAUAUCCGCAAUAGUCUUCCAGAUUCUGUACGAAUUCAACGAGUAGAAGAGCGUCUCUCAGCACUGGGCAAUGUCACUACCUGCAAUGACUACGUAGCUCUUGUUCAUCCGGAUCUUGACAGGGAGACGGAAGAGAUCUUGGCAGAUGUACUGAAGGUUGAGGUUUUCAGACAAACAGUAGCAGAUCAGGUGCUGGUAGGAAGUUACUGUGUUUUUAGUAACCAGGGAGGAAUUGUGCACCCCAAAACUUCAAUUGAUGAUCAGGAUGAACUGUCUUCGUUGCUUCAGGUUCCACUAGUGGCUGGAACGGUGAAUCGUGGCAGCGAGGUCAUUGCAGCAGGAAUGGUUGUCAAUGACUGGUGUGCCUUCUGUGGGCUGGAUACAACCAGCACUGAGCUCUCCGUCAUCGAGAGUAUCUUCAGGCUGAACGAAGCUCAGCCGAGUACCAUUGCUACCAACAUGAGAGAUUCCCUGAUUGACAGCUUGACAUGAGCAGUGUUGGUUCCUGCUUUCUGGAAAGCUCCUAAGGAGUGAAGUGUCAAGUUGCACUUUGGAUUACAGACAUCUAGAUGUUCUGAUGUUUCUGCAGGCCUAGCCCAAGGAAGAGGCUACACACCCAACCUUUUGUCAUGUUUUGUAAACUAAGUAUUAUUACAAAAACUGACAUAUAACAUACAAAAGUUACAAAUAAGGAAUACUCUCUAUCCCUUUGACAUCUUCCAGUUCUUCCACUGUGCUUUCUUGUUUUGUGAUGCUGACGAAGCUCCUCAAAUUAGCCUACAAUAUUUACUCUUGUGGGUCUUGGGUAUUAAUCACUAGAGAUUAUUUUGCUUUAAAUAAUGCACAGCAGUCCUUUUCAGCACAUACAUGGCACUGCCCCUUCUUUCCACACUCCUGCUAAAGAGGGGUGUUGCUGCUCUAGGUAGACUUAAGAGCCCCUUGUAUGUUCAAUAACAAAAAUACAGUAGUUCACUUGCCACAAAAUAAUUCAGAAGACGUCACCUGCUCUCUUGCUCUGACUCGCAGCUAUUCCCACAGGGUCAGUGACUCUGUAGUGUUCAGCUCUGAUUAAAACUGGAGUUUCUCAAAGUAAGUCCAGGGACUUCUAACAGCAAUGUGUUAUUAUAUAUAAACAUACGUGUUAUGACAUAUAAACAGCCUCUGGAACAGUGGUAUUUGUGCUAUCUGCAGCUGCCUGAUGGCAUUUGUGAUGCUUCUGAGGCAUCUGCAAGAGAGAACUUAGAAAAGCAUGCUAUUGCCAGUGGACUUAAAUUUGUUCUACAGGAGUUAGCCACUUAUGCUAGAGACUCUUAGAAGUCAGCAAAUCAAAAAACAUUUAACCCACCUCAUCUGGAGUUAUCUUGGAGACAACAGUUAAGUAAUGUGGUUCUAACCAGUUACUCAGUCAGAUGUUAGAGAUUUGGGAGCAUGCUAAUUAAGAGCUCUGCCCUUGUCAGGGAGUGAUGAUGACAAAAAGGAACUAUAGGUACUGCUUUCAUGUAGAAGAUGGUAAUUUGCCUCUUAACAGCUGUUGCUCACUGAUCUCUCAUUUGAGUUGCUUUUUUUUCCACUUGCCCAUUAAAGGUGUACUGAAGGCAGAGAAAUGCUUCCACUUCCCAUCCUAAAGGUAUGUGGAAGCUCCUUGCUUGCUUCCACAGAGCUGCAUUACUCUCAGCUGGGUUCCCUUCAGGAGUGCUGUCCUGAAGGCAGGGUGGGAAGGAAUCUUUUUUGGACCUGGUGCUUCAGUAUUUGCAGAAAAUUAAGUAAACUUCCAUUUUUGUUUUACUGCCUGGGUGUUUAGGGAAGAUUUUAUAAUUUUGGGUUGAUUAAAAGUUGCUCCUUAAACUUUACCUGAAAGUUUGCCAUAGGAUCUUCUCUGUAGCAGUGCUGCCACCUGGGCUGUCUAGAACGGUAACUGAGCCAGGGACUGCCAUUUCCAGACAGCUCACCUUUCUUCUGCCAUUGGGGAAGUCUUAAGCAGCUCAUAUCUCCUUACUACUACAGGUAACGAUUUUUAGUGUUUAUGGCCCCUUUGAUACAGUGGACUAGCUUUCUUGAAACUGACUCCAGGUCUCCUCCUCUUAGCAUAUCUAACUACUUAGAGUGAGAAGCUGCUUUCCUUUGGCCACCGCCCAGGGCACUCUUCUUGGGUAUAAAUGGCAAAGAGUGACUGUUGCCAUCACUGCUAGCAUGUAUUCAAGUAUGAAAUGAGUAAGGCUGAAGUUUUCCUCUGUAACUUUUUUUUUUUCAUUCUGGCUCAUAGGCAGGAAUCCUGGUUUAUAUUGGUGACCUUGAUGUGUGUUAUGUGUUUAAAAAUUGCCUAGAGGUAAACAAGAAAAUAAUCCCAUCUCUGUGUAAACCAAAUCCUUAAAUAGGAAUGAUACUGUUACAGUGUUGGAGGUUGUGAUAUGCUGAAGAAGAUUGGAGACAGACAGAGCAGAAUAGGGUAGUGCUAACUGGUGUGUGACCUCUUACACAAGUUGUGUUAAAGCUUGGGAACUGGAAGGUGGCAAACGUGAUACCCACUCUAAACAAGGGUUUGUGGGAAUUCUGAACUAGUAAGAUGGACCUAUGUACAGGGAAAACAGAAACUAUAAUAAAGAAUGGAAUUACUAGAAA